GUAGCGUACACUCAGUCGCAGAAGCCUUACUUCUACUUUUAGAAUCCACAGCCGAACCUUUAAUUCCGUAUAAUCUGCAUAGCGUGUGCUUGUCCACAGCAACAAAUUACUUACCGUGUAAACAGAUUGUAAUGCAGCUACCAGAAAUAAGAAGAACAGUAUUCGUUUAUAUAUGCUAUUUUUUACAAGAAUUAUUAAAUCAUACUCAAGACAACGAACUAGAUGCAAAAACUCUUGCAACGAUAUUUGGAUCAAUUUUCUUAAGAGACCCGCCGAGAAGUAGAGGUGAAAAAAAUGAAGGAAGUCGAUCCCAAAUUACGCAAGCGACGAUUGAUCGAAAGAAAGCUGCGUUCGUUUAUCAUUUUUUAGUGAACGAUCAAAGUGACUUCAUUCUCAGUCGAUAGUAACAUUUAAAAUGAAAAUAGUUUUACAUCAAACGUCGACUCAGUUUAUGUUAGCUUCGAACGAAACGCUAAGAUUUACUGUUUUAUUUAAUUAAAUAAUGAGACGAAUAGCUGCAUACUAGGUAAACAUUUCGUGAUAUUUAUAUUUGCUAGUAACAGUACUUAAUGAUGGUACGAAAGAAAUUUUUAUAAUGAACUAAUAUACCAAAAUAACUUGCCAAUUCGAAAACGUAUUUUGAAUAAAUGCAGUGUACGCUGAAUAAAUACUCCCAAUUAGGUGUUAAGUAAGAAAUUCAAGUUACAAUUUUGUCUAGUCUUGCAGCCUAAAACUGGCGAAACAUGUAUUAUGUAAAUUUAUUUUGUAAUAAGAAAUUGUAUAAUUUUUUUUA